GGAAUGAUUUUGCUACAGACUCUCUGGAGAGCCCAGGAGCUGAAUUCCUGAAGAUUCCCACGUCGAUGAAAGCAAAGCCCCGCCACGCAGCCUGCACCAUGUCCACCUCCCUCCGAGUGAGCCCGUCCGUCCACGGCUACCACUUCGACACGGCCUCCCGUAAGAAAGCGGUGGGCAACAUCUUUGAAAACAUCGACCAAGAGGCCCUGCAGAGGCUCUUCAAAAACUCUGGGGACAAGAAAGCCGAGGAGAGAGCCAAGAUCAUUUUUGCCAGAGACCAAGAUCUGGAGGAGAAAACGCGAGCCCUGAUGGCCCUGAAAAAGAGGACGAAAGACAAGCUCUUCCAGUUUCUGAAACUGAGGAAAUAUUCCAUCAAAGUUCACUGAGGACCAGAAAACGGAUAAGGACGUUAUCCCAGAACGGACGUUUGAAGAUCCAGCGUGGCAGUGAGACCCUAACACACAGCAUCAUCUUGCUGCCUUGCACACUUCUCCCGCUCAGGGGACUCCGGGGUCUCGGAGGCAGGAAAGGCACAGAACAAACUGGUGACAGAGACUCCAACCAAUUUCACGCCCGUGCUUGUGCUGUUCCAGAGGAGAAGGAAAUGCUUUCAGCAAAGACUGGAAAACUCUCCCUGUGGGAAAGGACUGAUGCUCAUGUCAGGAGGAGAGUCUGGACAGAUGUCCUGAGGACUGAAACGGAUGAUAACAGAAGGAUCGGGAAGAAAUGCAGCCACGGUCUCUUUGUCAGGCCCUGGGACUUCAAUUCAACCUGGACUUCUUUUUUCCUUAACCAAGCUGUGUAAGGGGAGGGAGGAGGGAGAGAGGGAACAGGAAAGAGAAUCCCACCCUGCAAUUGUUGACUGAAUUUUUUAUUUGAAUGUUCAAAGUGUUGCGAAGCUUCGAGGUUGUCUAUUGGUAGAUUUUUUAAAAAAAGAGAUCAGUAAUUGAUUAUUUAUUUGCAUUUAUGACAAUGCCUUACAAAGUGCACCACAUGGGUGUUAAAUACAAAAUUCAAGGAACUGCAGUAUUUUCAGCCGCUCAGAAAAGCCGGAUGCCACCUUCUGGUUUGUAAGGGGAUUUUUUUUUUUUUUAAAUGCAUUUCAAACUGGUUGCACAAAAGUUAAAAGGAGCGGGGGGGUUCCUUCACAAAGCUGAAGUACUGUGAACAGAUUUUAUAAUUUUUAAAUCUUCUAACUAAAGCUAAAAUAUAAUCGAAAUUUCUUACAGUACUGCAGUUAAGCGUUAGGAAACGAAUAAGAUACACUAAAUAGUUUAUAAAGAUGCUAUGGUUUCUAUAAUUUAUUACACAUGACAAGUGAUAUGCAACCUUAAUAAAUUAUUAUAAGCUUA